AUGACAGAUCACCUAAUUGCUAAAGUACAAGAACAUGUACCUAACAUUCCAUUGAAAAUAAUAUCACAAGGUGCAGAAGCACUAGUUUUUGAAACAUCAGUUCACCCGUACUACAACUACAAUUCGAGUGAAAAACACCAUGAGUCACCUUCUUUGCACAAUCAUACAACAUUUAUAAUAAAAUAUCGUCCCACGAAACCCUAUCGUCACCCUAAAAUAGAUUUGCAAAUUAAUAAAUCACGAACUAUUGGCGAAGUUAAGUUUAUGUAUAAACUCUCAAAAUUAAACAUUGCCUGUCCUAAUAUCAUUCUGACAGAUUUUAAUAACGGUAUCAUAUGGAUGGAAUGUCUUGGAUCAAAAUUGCCCAAUGGCACAAUAAGUUCAUUUAAGAAUUGGUUAUGGUAUUUAGAAAGUCAAGAGAAAGAGGAUCCCAGUAUAAACCUCCAUGACGAUGACCAAGUCGAAUUGGUUUGUCAAAAAGUUGGACAAUUGAUAGGUCGAUUACAUUUAAACGAUAUGAUUCAUGGCGAUUUAACUUCAUCAAACAUAAUUUUAACAGAGGUGGAUACUAAGAAAAAUGAAGAUACAGAUGCCAAUAAUAGUUCAGUUUAUUUUGAACCGGCGUUGAUUGAUUUUGGUUUAUCUUCAUUUUCAGGAUUAGCAGAAGAUAAGGCUGUUGAUCUAUAUGUUUUGGAGAGAGCAAUUCUAAGUACCCAUUCAAACUAUGCCGAUAAACUUAAUGGCUGGCUAUUAGAAGGAUACCAACAAAUCCAUGAUUCUAUUGAAUUCAAUAAAACCAAACAACAAUUAGGUAAACUGAAAUUAAAAGAUACGAUUAAAAGACUAGAAGAUGUCCGUUUAAGAGGAAGAAAAAGAAGUAUGUUGGGUUGA